AUGCCUUGUAUUUAUUCCUGGAAACCAACGGAGCGCUUGGUCGUCGAACUAGUCGACGACUGGCAUUCAACUCCAAUAUCCCCUGUGACUAUCAGGCUCCACCAUGAGUAUGUGAAGACCUGCGAGUCUGGAAAAGCCUGGAAGAAAAAGCGCAAAGCUUUCCAGGGAGUUGGUCGCAGUGACUCAUCUGUGGUCAUCGAUAACAUUUUGCAGAGCCACCAUAGAAACUGGGAUUCCCUGGAUGACACUGGGAAAUCAGCACUACGGGCUAGGUUCCACGAAUGCAAAAGAUAUGGAAAGGGAUGGUCACUUCUGGCCGAUAGUUUAGGACGAAGUUCAAUAUUACUCUGCUCGCAAAAACUGGCCAACUUGAUUCAUAAUACCACCAUGACAUUGAAAACCCUUAACUUCAUGAUAGAUGAUAUCCAAUUUCGCCAGCCUGAUAUAAUGGGGAUCCUUGAAGUGGUGGAACAAUUAGCAGAUGAUCUGGUUCACAAUGGCCGGGUGUUGUGUGAUGUUAGUAGUGUCCUGACAAAGCUUCGGGAUAUCAGACAUUCGAUAGCUCCCUCGCACAGAGACUUCUUUUAG